AUGAAUACCCAUAGCCCUCCGAAACUCACAAGAAUCAUUGGACUUGAUUCUUCAAAAUUUACAGUGUGCCAACCAAACCAAGAUAAAAAGGGCGUGCACAACGAAGAGAAAGAUGAAGAGAGUGAAUUCUCUCUUCCAGCAUUAGCAGGCGAAGUAGCGGAUGCUCAGAAACUACAAGCACUUGAAAUAACCAAUAGGCAAGAAGUUUUGAUUGGAUUAAAGGUAGCAAUUCAAGAGAAGAUCGAAAUGGUUAGAGCAGAAAUAUCUAGUUUGGCUAGAAAAGUCUGUGUAACGGAAGAAGAGGUCAUUGCCUGCCAAAACAAAUGCAAAGUAGAGCAAAAGGACAUUGAAAAACUUAUAGCUUUACAAAGAACACUAACCUGUCAAAUAAAAAGCGAGCGGCAACAACUGGACAACGACAAAGGCAAAUUUAACGAAUAUUUCAAUAAAAUGGAUGCACAUCGCUUACUUGUUGAAGAAUACGAGUCAAGUAGUGACAUUAGGAAAGAAAUAUCAAGCCUGGAGAAAGAAACUAAAAAACUCAAAGAAGAAAUUAUUUUUUUCAGAAAUGGACAGCAUCAAGACACUGUUGGGAUCGCUGAAGAAUAUGAAAUACUCAAAACAGAAAUUUCCCAUUUGAAGCAGACAAGAAAAGAAAUGGAGAAAGAGAUGGAACAUAUAAAGCUCCAGAUAAAAAGUGAAGAUGAGCGUCAAGCACAGCUGAAAAAAGAGAUACAUCUUUUACAAAAGCGCAAUCAUGCACAGCUUACUCGACUCCAGCGGCAGCUGCAAGAGGCUUUGGGAAGGAGCAGGCAUUGGAACGAGGAAGCUUGUAAACUGGAAACUAGUAUUGCGCAGCUUCGCGAGAAAAUAGAAGAGUGA